AUCGCCGUCUCCCUCAAAUGCAGCUGCGCCAUCCUUCCUUUGUCUACUGAACGAAGCGCCGCGUCCUGCAACAGCGAAGGCACGGACGGGACUCUUCCUUUCCUUUUCUUUUGCAACCAGAGCGUGUCCUUAUUUUUUUGUUGGUUGUAGCUGCAUUUAAGAAGCCAAACGGACCGAGCAAAGCUUCGUUCGUCAGUCCGGCCGCGAGAUUAUGAGCGAAGUGAGCGCUAGCAAGAACAACUCCGAGUCCGCCGUAGAGUUAACAACCCCUCCGCAGAAGACAGACAAAAUGGAAGACAAUAAGUAUCUCCCCGAGCUGCUGGCCGAGAAGGACAGCUUGGAUUCGUCGUUCACUCACGCCAUGAAGCUGAUUUCUGCAGAAAUCGACAGGAUCCAGAAAGGGGAAACCAAGAAAGAGCCAGAGAAGGAGACCUAUCUGGACCUGUUUGCCACCAAGAAUCUGAAGCUCAAAGAGCGAGUGCUCAUUCCUACCAAGCAGUACCCUCGGGUCAACUUUGUCGGAAAGCUUUUGGGACCUCAGGGCAGCACGAUCAAGAGGCUCCAGGAGGAGACUGGGGCAAAGAUUUCAGUACUAGGAAAAGGCUCCAUGAGGGACAAGAGUAAGGAGGAAGAACUUAGGAAGAGUGGUGAGGCCAAAUAUGCGCACCUUGCCAUGGAGCUUCACGUGUUUAUUGAGGUGACGGCACCCAUUCCAGAGGCCUAUCUGCGCAUGGCUCAUGCCAUGGAAGAGGUCAAGAAGUUCCUUAUCCCGGAACCUGGUGAGCAUGACCCAUACAUGGACCCUCACUUCCUGAAUGGAUCCCAGGAUGGUUCAGGCAGGGGGCGAGGAGGUCACAUGGGAAGAGGCAGAGGUGGACCACCUGGUGCUGGAGGACCAAGGGGCCGAGGGAUGCCACGCGGGGCCCCUCGAGGAGCGAUGCGCGGUGGAGCUCCACGGGGAGGACCCGGAAGAGGCGGAGCUCCUAGAGGCGCCCCAUCGGGCCGGGGCGGGCUACCCUCUGCUCCUACUAGAGGAGGCUCUGCUCCACGCUCUAGACCGCCUACAGCAGGAGCUCCACGGAUGCUCCCCUCCACCGGCAUGUCCCACCAGCAGCACCAGGUGCCUCCUUCAGGGGCACAGUCCAAACCCGAUGGCUAUGAUGAUUACCCUUCAUAUGACGAGUCUUACGCAGAGCCAUCGUAUGAGGGAUACGAUAAUUAUUAUAAUCAGCAGUCUGCCCCUGCUGAUACUGAGUAUUAUGAUUAUGGACACGGUGAAGCCCAGGAUACAUCAUAUGAUUCUUAUGCUCAAGAUGACUGGGACAACUCAUGGUCCAACUCCGGGGCCGGAGGCAAAGCUCCCCAAUCUCGGCAGUCGAAAGGGUCGUACAGAGAGCAUCCCUAUGGAAGAUACUGAACGACUACUGGUAGAGAGUUGCUAUAGCAACUGUCUCCAAUUGUAACUCGCUUAACUUUUCAAAAGUAAUUUCCCUCUCGUUUGUUCCCCCUUUUUUUAUGGUUUAUUCUACUUUGGGUUUUUUUUUUUUAAACUCGGUUGAGCUGUUUCGUUGGAUGUAUCAUAGCACAAAAGAGAAAUUUUUACACGGUCUGGUUCCAUUUAAUGUUUUCAGUUGCGUAGUUAAGAUCCUAGAGGCAUAAACUUAAAGGACUGAGUGAUAUUUUUAAGUGACAUUUGAUGAUUAUUUCAGUUAACUGUUAUUGAACAAACUGUGACUGUGGCGAUAAACGAACACAUAGGCUGGAUUUUAAAAGUCCUUCUUGACUGGACAAAAAAAAUUAUUCUUAGUUGCUUGAUUUAAAUUUGCUAUAAAUAAAACCGAGUUAGAUACAAAGUCAAACAGCACUGAGCUCUAUUGCUGCAAACUAAGUCUUAAAUUUGUCUAUACAUUACAAAUCUAAUGUUUGAAGUAAAAAAAUCUCAUAAAAACUAGUAAUCUAUUUGACAGAAAUAUUUUUCCACAAUUGGCAUAUUACGAAGUAGUCUAUUACUAUUACUGUCAAAAUGACCGCUGACACAUAGGUUUGAAGGAUUAUCAAUACAUAUUGUGUUCGAGGAAGGCUGCAGCCAACUCAAUAUUUUGUACAUAACCUUAGGACAAUUGUGUAUGCUUUAAGUCGUGCCGUCUCCAAAAUGCAUAAUGCUUGUGUACCUUUGGACUAAAUAGGAUACUAAACAUAUCCCAAAAUGUAUUUCUGCAGUGCGUGUUUCAAUAAAGUUUCUAGUUUCUUUUUAAUCGA